UCGGCCCAUAGGCGGCGCGGUUUACGAAGGCCUGGGGCUGAGCGGCAAGCUUUCAGCCGGAGAGGAGGGGGUGGUGGAGGGGCCGAGAGGCACCUUCCCAGACUGGUCCGGAUGCUGCGCGCCCUGACCAGCGCCCUGCGCCUUCGGAGCCCCCGGAGGCCCCUUGAGGCCCGUGGCUGCGCCGCCAAUCUCGCGGCCGCAAACCGCGAGAUCCAAGUGUGCGCUCUGGCGGGUCCAGACCAAGGAAUCACUGAGAUUUUGAUGAACAGACCAAGCGCCCGCAAUGCCCUGGGGAACGUCUUCGUUAGUGAGCUGCUGGACGCUCUGGCCCAGCUGCGGGAGGACCGGCAAGUGCGUGUCCUGAUCUUCAGAAGUGGAGUGAAGGGUGUAUUCUGUGCAGGUGCAGACCUGAAGGAGCGGGAGCAGAUGAGUGAGGCGGAGGUGGGGGUCUUUGUCCAGCGGCUCCGAGGCCUGAUGAAUGAGAUUGCAGCCUUCCCUGCGCCCACCAUUGCAGCUAUGGAUGGGUUUGCCUUAGGUGGAGGCCUGGAACUGGCCCUGGCCUGUGACCUCCGAGUGGCAGCAGCUUCCUCAGCUGUCAUGGGGCUGAUUGAGACCACCCGAGGACUCCUCCCAGGAGCAGGAGGGACUCAGAGGCUGCCUCGAUGCCUGGGGGUGGCCCUGGCGAAGGAGCUCAUCUUCACAGGCCGACGACUGAGUGGGGCCCAGGCCCAGGCUCUGGGGCUGGUGAACCAUGCUGUGGCCCAGAAUGAGGAGGGCAACGCCGCCUACCACCGGGCACGAGCACUGGCCCAGGAGAUCCUGCCCCAGGCCCCCACUGCUGUGCGGCUGGGCAAAGUAGCCAUUGACCGAGGAACAGAGGUGGACAUUGCAUCAGGGAUGGCCAUUGAAGGGAUAUGCUAUGCCCAGAACAUCCCGACCCGGGAUCGGCUGGAAGGCAUGGCUGCCUUCAGGGAGAAGCGGCCCCCUAGAUUUGUUGGCGAGUGACUUCCUUUGAACCUUAAGCAUGGGAGAUGCACAGCUUACAGGGAAGGAUCCAGAAGGAAAAUGUGCAGCGCGCCUGCCCUCAUCAUUUCACCUCUCUAGGCUUCAGUUUCCUCACAAGGACAAUGAUCGAUAUAGAAUGACUGGCAUGGUGCCUGGCACUAAGGUGCUGGCUAUGCCACCUAUUGCUACCUUCGUCAUUCCUCACCCAGGCUAGACAAUCACUGGCGUCGGGUUGGCUUUGGAGAAUACCUGUCUCUCCCUAGUAGAACGAUCAACUAAGGACAAAACAGACCCCUCUGGGCCUUUAUAUCGCUGGCACUCAAGCCUGACCUCUGCAUAUCAGUUAUUAGGUGCUCACCAGAGAUGACAGGAGGUUGUAAGAACCACCCCCAACUACCCUGUUUCUUCCUCCGUACAGCAGAGAUAAUAAGGAAACCCUGGCAGUGGUUGAAUAGGCCCAGCUCUCUGCCAGUUACUCACUGUGUGCCUCAGCCUCCUCAUCUAUAAUGAAACUGUUGGGAGGACUAAAAAAAUAAUAAAAUGCCUGAUGUUCAAUA